AUGUCUAGCCCUGCUCAAACAUGGGCCAAAGUAGUUGAGCAGUCUUCUACUGCUCCUACAGAUAUAGAUAAUAAAAACCUACUGUUCGCCCGUUCAGAGUGUUCAGUUUCCCUUUCAAAAUAUCUUCCUGCUGUAAAGACUCCUGCCCCCUCAGGCAAAUACCCCAUCUUUUUCAACCUAGCUUCCACCCAAGCAUCUCAUGAAGAGAUUGCUGCUGUGCUGCCUCCGGGAAUCCUUGGGGUUCACUGGAGGGCAGAUAUGAACAUCCUGGAGGUGGAUGUCCAAACCCAGGAGGAACAGAGCAAACUCCUUGCCCAACCCCUCCAGAUUGUAAACCACACUGCUCUAACACCUCUCCCAUCCACAGCUGACUCACCUCAAUUUAUCCUCGUAAAGUUAGCUAAUGUACCUAUUGCUUCAGCAAUCACCUUGGAGACUGUGCUGUGCCGCCACUGGGAGCAGUUUGGUAAGGUCAAGGAAAUUGCUCUGCACCGUAUCCCUGGCAAGUCCUGGCUCACCCAUCGGUGGGACCUGAUCAUGGAA